GUCGGAAGUGACCUCAUCGUGGAGGCGGAAUGAAUGGGAAUGACUUAGAAUUAUUGCGACUCUGGGAAGGACCGCUAUUCAUGCAGACGACGCCUUUGUGAUAUUUUGAGGUGGAAUCUUAAUGUUAAACAUGAAGAUGAAAUUAAAGAAUGUUUUUGUUAUGUACUUCUUUGUCUCAAUCCUUGGGCUAAUGUAUGCACUUAUGCAGCUGGGACAGCCAUGUGAUUGCACCCAACAUAUGAAGCAGAACAGCGACUUUGUUCGCAAUCAAGACAGAGCUAUCAGCAAAUUGCAGAAUGAGGUAAAGAAAUUGCAAGCUCAGGUCAAGCCAGAAGAACCUCCUAAACCUAUUUUACCUAUAAUAUAUGUCAUCACGCCCACCUUUACAAGGCUGGUGCAGAAGGCAGAACUAGUGCGUUUGUCUCAGACCCUAAUGCAUGUUCCCAGUCUUCACUGGAUUGUGGUAGAAGAUGCUGCAACUAAGACUAGUCUGGUGACUGAGCUUCUAAAACAGAGUGGAUUACAGUAUACACAUCUCAAUGUUGAAACACCAAAGGAUUUCAAGUUGAAAGAAGGGGAUCCUAACUGGCUAAAGCCUCGUGGUGUAGAGCAGAGGAAUUUGGCUCUGCAAUGGCUGAGAGAUAACCGAGAGCUAAGCGAUGAAGGUGUGGUUUAUUUUGCUGAUGAUGACAACACAUACAGUCUCCAGCUUUUCCAAGAGAUGCGUUUUACAAAACGAGUCUCAGUUUGGCCAGUUGGGCUUGUAGGAGGAAUGCGUUUUGAGCGACCACUUGUUGAAAAUGGAAAGGUGACAGGAUUCUAUACUGCCUGGAAACCAAAUCGGCCAUUCCCUAUGGAUAUGGCAGGGUUUGCAAUAUCCUUACAGCUGCUCUUGGCUAAUCCAACUGCUCACUUCCACCUUGAAGCAGAAAGAGGUUAUCUUGAGAGCAGCUUGCUCGAGACAUUGGUUUCUAUUGAGGAGCUUGAGCCCAAGGCUGACCAGUGCAGAAAGGUUCUUAUAUGGCACACACGAACUGAAAAGCCUAAAAUGAAGCAAGAAGAAGCCCUCCAGAAACAAGGGUUGGGAUCAGAUAUCACUAUUGAGGUAUAGCUUAAGCCCUGAUCUGCACCACCCAAGUGAGAAAAGACGAGCAGGACUUGAAGUCCCAGACUGGGCUUCCGGAAAUACUUGGCAUAUGUAGAACAAGUAAACUGGUAUGGAAAUAAAUGCAAGAGAAAUGUUCUUUUAAUUCUAAAAUUGUCAUCAUGAGAACAAGUCCCCAAGUUAAAAAAAAUUCCCAUUAUGCAAUAAUUACUGAGUUCUCAAACAUUUUUGUUCUUUUUUUAUAUAGAGAUUUUAUUUUACAUGGUGUAACACAAACCACAAAAAAAACUACUCCACAUGUUGCAUUGUAAUUUGCUUACAGUAUAAUAUUUUUAAAAUAUUUCCUAAAGCUGUUGUUGGUAUGUAUAAUUACCAUAGACCUAGUUUGUGACAAAAAAUGUAUGUCUGCAAAUUAAAAGGAAGUGUGGAUGCCAAGGAUAAAAGAAUCAGGAAAGUUAGAUUAAUAUUUUAUAUUACCCAGGUUAGUUUAGGUUAAUUCAAAUUCAGUAAAAAUGCCCAAUGAAAAACAGCAAGUGACUGUCAUCUGGUUUUGGAAUCUAUCCAUAUCACGUCAAAACUGUUAGGUUUAUUAGAAUAUGUUAUAAUAUGUGUGGUGUAGAACAACUGAAUGUAAAGUAAGUGAUGCAGUGUUUCCUAUCAAAUUCAAAUUCGGUUUCUGCACCGUGCAGCACCCAUGAAGUCAAAUAAUUGUUGGUAGUCCAAAAUACUGAAGUGUCUAUCUAGAGUGUUGACAGAGACCCCAAAUGCUUGUUUAAAGAAAACAUGAAUACAUUUUUGUCAAAU